AUGGAUUAUUUAAUAAUUAGUCGAUUAGAAGAUUUACCUGUGGAAGUUUUGACAGAUAUAUGUGUUUAUUUUACAGCUGGUGAAAUCUAUUUUGCAUUCUCUCAGUUUGUGACACAGAAGUAUUUAGAUUCUUCUGUUCUCUCUUUCUUUUACUCAUUUAAUAAAAUCUUCAUCCAGUUUCGUGAAUCACAUACACAUUGUCAAUCGUAUUCUAUCAAUGGUAGAAAUCGUUUAUUUGAAGUUUAUUCAACAUUAGAUAAUGAGUGGUAUUCUCGUUAUUAUAAUGAAAUCGAAAAUAUCAUUCGUCCUGUUAUUUGUUCUCGAUUACAAUCAAUAACUUUACCAGUUACCUCACCUAAACUAACAGAACUCAUAUUUCGUGGUGAAUUUCCUCGUUUAGGAACCUGUCAUCUUGAUUUACCUCUUGAACUUUUUUGUGUUAUUUUCGACUAUCUCGCUCCUCAUGACCUACUUCGUGGUUUCAGAAAGCUUAAUAAACGAUUCACCACCAUGGUCAAACAACAACCAUUAUGUUUACCAAAUAAUCGAAUGAUGAACUUUAAACUUUAUCAUACUUAUUUGAUGCAAAUUCUACCGAAGAAUUCUUCAAAAAUUGUUUAUCUUCAUCUAUCGGAACGUCGUGCUCCAGAUGCGGUCGAUUGGUUUGUUAAUAAAGUACCAUUAAAUGAACUCGUCUGGCCCUUACUGAAGGCUGUUACUAUCGAAGAUAUUCCAUGUCAUCUUUUUGAAACAUUACUAAAUGAUUCUUCAAUACUGUCUGGUAUUCACUCAUUUUCAUUCGAUAUAAGUUAUGAACGAUAUUAUCAUUAUGAUUACGAAGGACUUGAUGAUUAUGCCAUUAUUAUUCCACUUCUCAAUCGAUUACGUGAAUUACGAUCACUAUACUUAAAAAUUGGAUAUCGUAUGGAGAAGAAUUAUACUGCUAUGUUCAUUAAACAUUGUCAUCCUAUGAACAUCCAUCAAAAUUUACAAUCAUUAUUGAUUGAUGAAUGUUCAACCGAAUUAUUGAUCGAAUUACUCGAUGAUGGUCAUCUUCCACAAUUACGUCGAUCGAAAAUUACUCUCUCAUAUAAUCAUAAUUUUGGUAUGAUGAGCGAACCACCAAGUCCAAUACCAUUGAAACAAGUAUUCGCACCCGAAUUAUGUCAUAUUAAUAUCAAACUCUCCGGAGGUCUGUUUUGGGUUUUAAAUUAUUUUGAAGAUCUUCAACGUCAUCAUCAACUUGAACAAUUGAACAUUUCGGGACAUGUAAAAUUUAGUAUGAAUGGUGGUUUACCGCGAGUAGUCGAACUCCAACGAUGGUUAACCUUAACGAAUUCUAAGGUAUUUACAUUUAAAUUAAAAUUGGAUGUACAUUAUAUUCAUGGUCCUGAACAAGUUUAUAAAGAGGUAUUCGCCGAAUAUCGACAAGCUACCGGUGAUAAUUGGUCAGCGAGGUAUGGAACAAUAAAUAUUUCUUAUCCAGAAAUGUCUUUUUCAUAUCCAAUGAUGAAGAUCGAUGAUAUUGAUCAAGAAGAUUCAGACAGUAAUAAUACAACAAAUAGUAGUUAUUACAUUCAAGAUGAUCCAGUGGACGACAAUGUGGAAGAAAUGAAUAUAUACGAAUUGGACUGUGUGAAGGAUGAAAUACGAGCAGUAUCUCGUUGGCAUCGUCUGAAGAAAAUCAACCUUAGAGACAAUAUUCCAGAUGAUAACGGUGUGGUUGGUGAUAAUAUUCCACAUUUACUUCAUAUUGCUCAACGUUCACCACGUUUACGAGAGCUUUAUAUCCAUGAAAAUCUGGAUUAUGGUCGUGUUCUUUCAUCGAAUAUUCAACUUGGGAUUUUACUUGCAUCGCAAUUGGAAGUUGUUUACUUUACUGCCGAUAAUGGUAGUAGUUCUCUUGGUGAUCUUGUUCGAAUUGUGGAUGCUCUUUUUGCUAAUUCAACAUCAUCACCUCGUUUAAAACAAUUAACUUUAAACGUGGAUGGACAUCCAAGUUCAUGGGUAUCAACUCGUCAUCUUGUUCGUUGGAUUGGUAAAGUCUUCAAACGCUUUCCAGCGCUGAUUCACUUCACCUUAUAUUGUCAACACAUUGAAGCUUUUAAAGAUAGUAUCUACAGUUUAUCAGAAUUGGCUUCUGAAUGGUACGCUAUAUCGAAAUCAACACAAAAAAAUUGGAAUCGUUCGUUGGUUUAUCGACAUAAACCACAUUCACUUGAUAUUUGGUUGUAA